CCCGCCCGCUGCUGCCGGCCCGCUCUCCCCUCCCCCUGCCUUCCCCUCCCCCUCCUGCCUCGGUCUCACUCCGGGCGCCAUGCUGCAGGCAAGGGAAGAUGGAGAGUUGGAAGAAGGAGAGCUGGAGGAUGAUGGGGCUGAAGAGACCCAGGACCUUUCCACAGGGCAAGAAAGGAGCCGCAGAGAAAAAGGAGAGAAGCAUCACAGCGAUUCGGAUGAUGAGAAGGCUCACCGGAGGAUGAAACGGAAGAGAAAGAAGGAGCGGGAAAAAGAGAAGAGGCGGUCCAAGAAGAAGCGGAAAUCCAAACACAAGCGACACGCAUCAUCAAGCGAUGAUUUCUCCGAUUUCAGUGAUGACUCUGAUUUCAGCCCCAGCGAGAAAAGCCACCGAAAAUAUCGAGAUUACAGCCCUCCAUAUUCAUCUUCUCACCAGCAGUAUCCUUCAUCUCACAAUGCCCCUUUGUCCAAGAAGAGCUACUCAAAAAUGGAAAGCAAGAAUUACAGCAUGUAUGAUGACUAUGAGAAUGAGCAGUAUGGAGAAUAUGAAGGGGAAGAAGAGGAAGACCUUGGGAAAGAGGAGUAUGAUGACUUCACCAAAGAGUUGAACCAGUAUAGACGGGCCAAGGAAGGCAGCAGCCGAGGGCGAGCCCACCAUUUCAUUGACCGUCCUGCAGGAGCCAGAGGCCGAGGGAGAGGCUACAGAGUCCGAGGAGGGCGUGGAGGAGCCAGAGGGAGAGGAAUGGGCCGAGGAAGCCGAGGAAGGGGCAGAGGUUCUAUGGGAGACCAUCCAGAAGAGGAAGAAGAUUUCUAUGAAGAGGAGAUGGAAUUUGGCGAGAAUGAAGAGCUGAUGGGUGAAGAGGACUAUGAUGAGUACUCCAAAGACAUGAACCAGUAUCGCAGGCCCAAAGAUGGCCGAGGGCGAGGUUUAAGUCGGGGCCGAGGCCGUGGCUCGAGAGGUCGAGGCAAAGGGAUGGGACGAGGCCGUGGUCGAGGUGGGAGCAGGGGAGGCAUGAACAAGGGAGGAGGCAUGAAUGACGACGAAGAGUUCUAUGAUGAGGACAUGGGAGAUGGUGGUGGUGGCGGCUAUCGGAGGAAUGACCAUGACAAGCCCCACCAGCAGUCAGACAAGAAGGGCAAGGUUAUCUGCAAGUACUUUGUGGAAGGCCGGUGCACAUGGGGAGAACAUUGCAAUUUUAGCCACGAUAUCGAGCUGCCGAAGAAGCGCGAGCUGUGCAAAUUUUACAUCACAGGCUUUUGUGCCCGAGCGGAAAACUGCCCAUACAUGCAUGGUGAUUUUCCUUGUAAGCUCUUUCACACAACUGGGAACUGUAUCAAUGGUGAUGACUGCAUGUUCUCUCAUGACCCCCUCACUGAAGAGACAAGGGAGCUUCUGGAUAAGAUGUUAGCAGAUGAUGCAGAAGCAGGUGCAGAAGAUGAGAAGGAAGUGGAAGAAUUGAAAAAACAAGGCAUCAACCCUUUACCGAAGCCUCCGCCGGGAGUCGGCCUCUUGCCCACCCCACCACGUCCCCCUGUUCCCCCAGCUCCAACGUCUCCCAAUGGCCGGCCCAUGCCUGGAGGUCCCCCACCUCCUCCCCCACCCCCACCUCCGCCUCCUGGACCCCCCCAGAUGCCUAUGCCUAUGCCAUCGCAUGAGCCCCUCUCUCCCCAGCAACUUCAGCAGCAGCAGGACAUGUACAAUAAGAAGAUUCCAUCACUGUUUGAGAUUGUUGUUCGGCCCACGGGGCAGCUUGCUGAGAAGCUGGGGGUGAGACACCCUGCUCCACCUCCCCCCAGAUUCCCUGGGCCUGGGGGGCCCCCUGGGCCAAUGGGGCCUGGGCCCAACAUGGGACCCCCUGGGCCCAUGCCAGGACCAAUGCAUCCUGACAUGCACCCGGACAUGCACCCGGACAUGCAUCCCGACAUGCACCCGGACAUGCAUCCCGAUAUGCACCCGGACAUGCAUCCCGACAUGCACCCGGACAUGCCAAUGGGCCCUGGGAUGAAUCCUGGCCCCCCCAUGGGUCCUGGGGGCCCACCAAUGAUGCCCUAUGGCCCUGGAGACUCCCCACAUUCCGGAAUGAUGCCCCCUGUUCCGCCAGCCCAGAACUUCUAUGAAAACUUUUACCAGCAGCAGGAGGGCAUGGAGAUGGACCCUGGACUAAUGGGGGAGGCAGCAGAGGACUAUGGACAUUAUGAGGAGAUGGAAGGCGAGGCAGGAGAGCACGUUUUCCCAGAGCAGCCCCUGGAGCCUGAUGGCUUCCUCGAAGCAGGGCCCCCUGGGAGACAGCAGCCCGCCACCAGUGUCCCUGACUUCCUCCCCUCUGCCCAGAGGGCCUUAUACCUGCGCAUCCAGCAGAAGCAGCAGGAAGAAGAAAGGGCAAGGAGGCUAGCUGAGAGCAGCAAGCAGGAGCGAGAGAAUGAGGAAGGUGACACGGGCAACUGGUACUCUAGUGACGAGGAUGACGGAGGAAGCAGCGUCACCUCCAUCCUUAAGACCCUGCGACAGCAGACCUCGAGUCGGCCCCCUGCACCCAGCGGGGAGUCAGGGGGUAGUGGUGCGGGGCCCCUGCCCACAGUGGGCGAUCCCCGUCUCCAGAAGGGCUCUGCUGCCGGGGGCAGACCUGCCGACCCACGCCUCGCCAGGGACCCCAGGCUCUCUCGUCACACCGAUGCUCCUGGCCCCUCGGGCUCAGGGGAUUCGGGGCCCUCGGACCCCCGGCUAGCCCGUCCCGUUCCCACCUCCAAGCCUGAUGGACUCCAUCCAAGCCCAGCAUGUACCAGUGGUGGGAAGGGGUCUGGGCCCUCAGAAGAGGAAGAAGGGGAGAGGGCUCUGAGGGAAAAAGCAGUGACCAUUCCUCUGGAUGCCCUACCAGGGGCCCCCCUGCGGGAUCCUAGAUUGCAGCUACAGCAGUUCAGCCACAUCAAGAAGGAUGUGACCCUGAACAAGCCCAGCUUUGCUCGCACUGUUCUUUGGAACCCCGAGGACCUCAUCCCGCUCCCCAUUCCCAAACAAGACUCUGCAGCCUCCCUUCCUGCCGCCCUCGAUCCCCGCCUCCACCGGCCCCCUGCCACUGGGCCCUCAGACCCCCGGCAGCGUGGGGCAGCCCCCUCGGACCCCAGUGCUGCCUCCGCUGCCUCUGCUGCCAACCUGCCCGAUUUUGAGUUGCUCUCUCGAAUCCUCAAGACCGUCAAUGCGUCCGGCCCCUCAGCACCCAGUCCCAGCGAGAAGCCCAGUGACCCCCGGGUGCGGAAAGCCCCUGCCGACCCCCGGCUGCAAAAACCUGGGGACACCACAUCAUCCCGUGCCGCCAAGCCCAGCACUCCUGAGGUAGCUGCCCCACCCCCUGCUUCCUCUGGCGAGGCCUCACCUCCAGCUAUCGCCCCUUAUGACCCGCGGGUCCUGGCGGCCGGGGGGGUCAGCCAAGGUGGCGGGAGUGGGCAGAGCAGUGUGCUCAGCGGCAUCAGUCUCUAUGACCCGAGGACUCCGAACUCUGGCAGCAAAGGGGCCGAGCCAGCCCCCGAAGGGGGUGCUCAGCCCAAGGGUCCUGACGGCAACGGCAAAAGCCCAGCGGCCAAGGCCAAAGAGCCCCCGUUCAUCCGCAAGUCGGCCUUGGAACAGCCGGAGGCGGGCAAGGCAGGCUCGGAGCCCACGGCCACGGACAGGUACAACAGUUAUAAUCGGCCGCGCCCUAAGGCAGCCCCGCCCCCCGCCACCGCCCCCUCAGCCACGCCCUCUCAGGAGGGGGCCCCCCAGCCCGGCCUCCACAACCUGCCUGUGCCCACCCUGUUUGGGACCGUGAAGCAGGCGUCCAAGGCUGGUUCUGGGAGCCCUUUCGCUGGCAACAGCCCCUCCCGAGAGAGCGAGCAGGAUGCCGGCUCCCUCAAAGAUGUUUUUAAAGGCUUUGACCCCACCGCGUCCCCCUUCUGCCAGUAGUGUUAACCUGGACCCCGUCCCCCAGCCCCCAUCCUGUGAUUGUAUUUCAUGGCCACAUUCAGUGUUGGGAAUGUCAGGGGAGGGGGCUGGGGGGGGACGGGGAGAGGGCGUGGGGGUUUUUUAUUCUUUGGUUCCUAUAAAUUGUAUAUAAAAACCUUUGGUUCUGGUCAGUGCUGUACGACUCCCAGGCUAUCUCCAAGAAAAUGUCUUUUUUAACUGAACAAUCAAAGUCUCCUGCCCAGAUCCCUUAAAAGUGCAUCUUGGGCCCCGUGUUGUCUUGGGUCUCGGGGGCAGUUUUGGUCAAGUUGUGCAGCCGUCCUGUCCUCUGUCCCUUUGUGUGUAAAUCACGAAGCUCCUCUGUCCAUCACUGUCCUAUUCUCAGGGCCCGGGGCACACUGGGGUGUGGCUCAUGCUGAGUCAGAGCUGGAGGGAAGCCCCCCCAGGAAUCAGGACCAGGGUGGGGAAGGGGCCAGUGCCCACUGCCCCAGGGUAGCUGCUUGUGUCCUAUGAUUCACCUGUUAAGCGCAAGUGAGGGAGCGAGGGUGGGGAGGUAGGGGCAGGGGUCCCUAGGCCUCAGGCUCUCUACCACUUGUCCAUUGGCCUGCAGGGAGCAGGGCUCAAGGGGUUGAAGCAGCCCCUAGUGAGCCUCAGCCUGUCCGUUAGUCAGUCUGGCUCUGGAGGGGUUGUAGGCCCUGCCUGCCCUGUUCCCCCCUGGGCUGGGCCAGACCCCUGCUCACACCCUCACUGCCCUCCCAUCCUCCUCAUUCCUGCUUCCUUAAUGCGGACAAAUCGUUCAAGAAAAGUCCCCAACUUUUUUCUUUCAAGAAGGUUUUUACUUUUGUCAUUCUUCUGCUUCAUGCCUUCUUUUAAUUUCUGAACCAAUGAAACCCUGGUGGGUUCUGGGCUUCAGAGCCAAAGGUAUAAUAGUGGAUCUUUAGAAACAGCAAUCAGGCCAGGCCAGAAUCAAAGAGGACAAAGGGAGCAUUAGGCCGGCAGGGAGUCCCGCUCUGUGGGAGGGAAGGUCUGCCAGGCUGGGCCUUGGUUCUCUUUCUCCUGUGGGGAGAGGGGGAUGCUGGCAUCAGCCAAAGGUAGGCUGUCCCGCUUGGGGACAGCCUGGCGGCCGGGGAGAGGCCAGGCCAGGCUUUCUGAGAUGCUUGGCAUGGUUGUGUCCUGUCCACUUGGCCUAGUCACUGCCAUGUAAUGGCCCCACUUUGCUAGGAGAAUUUUAGUUUGCAAACGAGAAGAACUCAGGCACGGUUUUAUUUGGAAGCUGUCCUGCAUGCUCUUCCCCAGGCUACCCCCCAACCAAAAAAAAAAACAAAAACAAAAAAAACUAAGCUAAGAAAUUGUCUUUUUUACGUGGACUCUGCAAACCUUCUUCAUAGCCCCUGGCACAUUCCUCUUUCCCACCCACCUCCUGUUUCCCUCCCCAGCCUGCUGGCACUGUCUCCAUAAAUAAUGUAGAAACUGCCUCCCUUGGCAUGUGGCUUCCCUCUCUCGGAGGACUGUGGGGCUGCUGCAGCUUCUCUGGAGGGACAGCCCACACCCCUUCUGGGCUGGGCCUCCACAUGGCAGGCAGGCAGACAUGGUCAGGGUCGUUGUGCUGUUAUUGAUCAGGUGUUUGGGGGGCGGGGGACACGAUCAGUAGUAAGAUUGCCCCCCUCCUUUCCCCUUCUCUCCCCCAAAGGGCCAGGUUCCAUGGCAUUUGUAAAAUAUGCAAGAUACGGUGUUUUUUGUUGGGAUUUUUUUUUUUUUUGUAAAACUAAAAUGAAAUAAUUUUUUAAAGGAAAUCUCUUGAGGACCUAGAAACCGGCUAUGAACCUCCCAGAGCUCUAAUUCGUCCAUAGUUUUUCCCAUCAGGCUAGAGCUUUUAAAGGAAAAUCGUUCUCUAACCAAGAUUGUAAUAAAAGUGUAAAUAAUAUUUCAGAGUUGACGUUGAUGAUGCAAAUAUGUAUAUACCGCACUGUAUUUUUACAAUUAUGGUCGCAUGGCUCUCCUUCAGCCCACCUACCCCACCCCCUUUUUUGUAUCCCACAUCUGUCUUCCAGGAAAUGUCCUUCGCGCCUUUCUCCUGUGGUCCCUUCCUCCCCAAUAAUUGUGUUACUGCCAUUAAAAGAUGCAGUUAUUUUAAAGUGA